AUGGUGUGCGUCCAGCAGAAGAUGAUGAUGAGGAGUCUGAUGUUUCUAAUCAAACUCAUCACCGCUAUCUGUCAGUUUUCUGUUGCACAAAAGAAAAGUGUGAAUGUGCGGCUGGUUGGUGGUCACAGUCGCUGUGCUGGUAGAGUGGAGGUUCUUCAUAGAGGUCAGUGGGGAACAGUGUGUGAUGAUUUCUGGGAUAUGACUGAUGCUGCAGUGGUGUGUAGAGAGCUGGACUGUGGAGAACCUGUAGAUGCUCUGGGUGAUGCUCAUUUUGGACCAGGUUCAGGACCAGUCUGGAUGAGUUAUGUCUCGUGUACUGGAUCAGAGUCUACACUGAAGAACUGUGGGUUGUCAGGAUGGGGUAAAAGCAACUGUGAUCAUAAUAAUGAUGCUGGAGUCAUCUGUUCAGAAGUCCGGCUGGUUGGAGGUUCUCGCUGCUCUGGGAGGUUAGAGAUCCUUGAUGAUCAGUCGUGGGUGUCAGUGUGUGACGCUGCCUUUGACCAGCAGGAUGCAGAGGUUGUGUGUAGAGAGCUGGACUGUGGGGCUCCUGUACAGGUGCUGGGAGAAGAUGCUUUUGGAAAAGGAGACGCUCAGAUGUGGACACAAGAGAUUCAGUGCAGAGGAAAUGAGUCUCAUAUAUCUUUCUGUCCAACAGCAUUUUCUCUCAAACACUACUGUACUCAUAAGAAAGAUAUUGGACUGUUAUGUUCUGGUUACACUGACCUCAGACUGGUCAAUGGUCCUGACAUCUGUUCUGGUCGAGUUGAACGUCAGUACUUCAGUAAAUGGGGCACAGUGUGUGAUGCAUGCUGGGAUAUGAGAGCUGCCAGUGUCCUCUGUAGACAGCUGAAUUGUGGGAUUGCUGUGUCUGUUGUGGGAUCAGACUGGUUUGGAGAGGGAAGUGGUGAAAUCUGGGCUGAUGUGUUUGAUUGUGACGGGAAUGAAACAAAACUCUCAGAAUGUGCCGUCUCUUCAUGGAGUCGAGCUGAAUGUUCUCAUGGACGAGAUGUUGGAGUCAUUUGCUCUAAUUCCUCUCUGUCUGUUCAUGACGGUCUGGUGCAGUUGUCUGGAGAGAGACAGUGUGAGGGGGAGCUGGAAGUUUCCAUCCAUCAGGUCUGGAGGAGAGUUCUGCUGGACUCCUGGAGUCUCACUGAAUCCUCUGUGGUCUGCAGACAGCUGGGCUGUGGCUCUGUGCUGAACUUCUCCGGCUCCUCUUCAUCCAGUCCUGAACACAGUCAUGAGUGUGUGACGGGCUUCCAGUGCUCUGGGAGUGAAGCUCAUCUGGGGAACUGCAGCAGCUCUCUACAAACUCUCAACUGCAGCUCCACACAACAGCUGUCAAUCUCCUGCCUUGGCCGGGGGUCCAUCAGGCUGGUGGGUUCUGGGGGAGACUGUGCAGGGAGGCUGGAGGUUUUUCACAGCGGCUCAUGGGGGACAGUGUGUGAUGACUCCUGGGAUAUUAAAGAUGCCCAUGUGGUGUGCAGACAGCUGCAGUGUGGAGUGGCCCUCAGUAACCAGCAGGUACCAGCCUGGUUUGGUCCUGGUUCUGGACACAUAUGGCUGGAUGAGGUGGAGUGUGAGGGGAAUGAGACGUCCCUGUGGAACUGCUCUUCUCCAGGCUGGGGGAAACAUGACUGUCAACACAAGGAGGAUGUAGGAGUCGUGUGUUCAGAGUUUAAAGAGAUCAGGUUAACUGAGGGCUGUGAAGGGAAUGUGGAGGUUUUCUACAAUGGAUCCUGGGGUAAUGUGUGCUGGAACCAGAUGGACAGAGACACAGCGAGUCUGAUCUGUCAAGAGCUGAACUGUGGAAGAUCUGGUGCUUUUUUUAAUUCUAUACCAAGGCUGGAUUCAGCUCGUAACUGGCUGGAUAAAGUGAAAUGUCGACCACAUGAUUCAAAUCUAUGGCAGUGUCCAUCUUUACCCUGGGGACAGAACUACUGUAGUAAAGAUGAAGUGGCCAAAAUCACCUGCUCAGAACAGGAAAGUCACGAGUCCCCUAGAAGCUACUUGUCAUGCUCCACAUCUCCACAUCAGAGACAAUGUUCAGAUCAUGUUCCUCUCAGACUGAGUGGAGGUUUGGGCCGGUGCUCUGGGAGGCUGGAGGUGUAUCAUAACGCUGUGUGGGGUUCAGUCUGUGCUGAUCUGUGGGACAUCAGCGAUGCUCAGGUGGUCUGCAGGCAGCUGGGUUGUGGAGACGCACUGAGGGCUGAUGGGAAUUCAGUCUUUGGUGCUGGUGAAGGAAGUGGUGAAAUCUGGGCUGAUGUGUUUGAUUGUGACGGGAAUGAAACAAAACUCUCAGAAUGUUCCGUCUCUUCAUGGAGUCGAGCUGAAUGUUCUCAUGGACGAGAUGUUGGAGUCAUUUGCUCUGAUUCCUCUCUGUCUGUUCAUGACGGUCUGGUGCGGUUGUCUGGAGAGAGACAGUGUGAGGGGGAGCUGGAAGUUUCCAUCCAUCAGGUCUGGAGGAGAGUUCUGCUGGACUCCUGGAGUCUCACUGAAUCCUCUGUGGUCUGCAGACAGCUGGGCUGUGGCUCUGUGCUGAACUUCUCCGGCUCCUCUUCAUCCAGUCCUGAACACAGUCAUGAGUGUGUGACGGGCUUCCAGUGCUCUGGGAGUGAAGCUCAUCUGGGGAACUGCAGCUCUCCACAAACUCUCAACUGCAGCUCCACACAACAGCUGUCAAUCUCCUGCCUUGGCCGCGGGUCCAUCAGGCUGGUGGGUUCUGGGGGAGACUGUGCAGGGAGGCUGGAGGUUUUUCACAGCGGCUCAUGGGGGACAGUGUGUGAUGACUCCUGGGAUAUUAAAGAUGCCCAUGUGGUGUGCAGACAGCUGCAGUGUGGAGUGGCCCUCAGUAACCAGCAGGUACCAGCCUGGUUUGGUCCUGGUUCUGGACACAUAUGGCUGGAUGAGGUGGAGUGUGAGGGGAAUGAGACGUCCCUGUGGAACUGCUCUUCUUCAGGCUGGGGGAAACAUGACUGUCAACACAAGGAUGAUGUAGGAGUCGUGUGCUCAGAGUUUAAAGAGAUCAGGUUAACUGAGGGCUGUGAAGGGAAUGUGGAGGUUUUCUACAAUGGAUCCUGGGGUAAUGUGUGCUGGAACCAGAUGGACAGAGACACAGCGAGUCUGAUCUGUCAAGAGCUGAACUGUGGAAGAUCUGGCAGUGAACCCAGUGAUUCAGUGGGACUGAAGUCUCGUAACUGGCUGGAUUGUUUUAAAUGUCGACGUCAUGAUUCCUCUCUAUGGCAGUGUCCAUCUUCACCCUGGGGACUGACUGACUGUGAUAAUGAAGUGGCCAAAAUCACCUGCUCAGAGGAGCAGACUCGUGAGUCUCCUCGGAGUCAUCUCACAUGUUCCACCUCAGAAUCUCCUCACCAGAGACAGUGUUCAAAUCAUGUUCCUCUCAGACUGAGUGGAGGUUUGGGCCGGUGCUCUGGUAGGCUGGAGGUGUAUCAUAACGCUGUGUGGGGUUCAGUCUGUGCUGAUCUGUGGGACAUCAGCGAUGCUCAGGUGGUCUGCAGGCAGCUGGGUUGUGGAGACGCACUGACGGCUGAUGGGAAUUCAGUGUUUGGUGCUGGUGAAGGUGUUGUGUGGAUAAACAGAGUCGAGUGCAGAGGGAAUGAGAUUCACCUGUGGGACUGUCCUCACUCCCUGAAGAACCACACUGACUGUUCCCUCAAAGAUCACGCUGGACUCACAUGUGCAGAUUUGUCAGUGUCCACUACUCCUGCCACAACAACAUCAUCUUCUCGUCCAGUUUCUCAGACAGUGCGCUCAACAUCAGUCACUCCUCCACAAACUCCUCCAGCAGUGUCUCUCUCUGUGCUUGUGGUUGUACUGGGAGUUUUGCUCGUCCUGCUCUUAGUGCCACUGCUUAUACUGGUUCAGCAGAACAGAGUGAUGAGGAGAGCUCUCUCUGACUGGUACACAGGACUACAUAGGGCUCCGAGUGAGGAAGUUUAUGAGGAAAUUGAUCACAGACACAAUCAAGUCACUCAUACAGACAGGGGGAAUGCAAACACACCCGGAUACUAUGAGGAAAUCAUCAUCCAUGUUCAAAAACCAGUUUGUGAGACAGUGGACACACCAGAGGAUUAUGAUGAUGUCAUUAUUAUUGGACAGAAUGCUAUAGAUGUCACAGAGGGAGAUCAGGAGGAGUACGGUGAUGUGAAGAACAGCAAUGAAGAGAACAGAAACCUGUAGGAUUAUCAUGAUGUGAGGAAGGGGUCAAAUAAAGAGGGAGGAGCCAUGUCACGUAUUGACCACACCCACUUCAUGUUCGUCAAAUCAUAUUACAGUAACUGGAGCACUGGGAGAUUAUUAUGUUGUUUCUAAUGCAUCAGUGCCUUGCAUUAGAAAUAUUCAGUCUUCAGUAUUUGGCCUGUUAUUUUUAUUUUGAUAUCAGUGCAUACUCAAAAGAUAUGUUUUUUAAUCAAUUCAUUAAUUUUUAUGAACUUUAUUAAUUAAUAUUGUUUUAAAGAGCAUUUGGAGGAUAUUGGACAAAAGGUAAAUGUAUUUUUUAGGCAAAUUACAGUAUUUUAGGCAGUUGACAGCACUAUGACAAUUCCCAAUGCAAUUGAAAUUAAAUUUUGAGCGAUGACAACAAAAAGGUAUGCUAAUAUAAUUGUGAAUAUAAUUUUGGUCAUCAAUAAAAAUAAAAACAAUAAAAAAAUCAAUAAAAAAUUGUUUUAAAAAACACAUUGAAACGCCGAUCUCAACUGCACAGUUUAUUAUGAAAUGUUCCAUUUUAAAUUUAAAAUACAUUAAAUAAUUUGAAACAGUUUUUUAGUCUUAUUUUGUGGUUUAUAGUGAAUAUUUUGCAUUAGCUUCUUGUGCAGGCUGAGGUUGGACUGAACAUUCUUUUUUUGUUUUUUUUUAACAACUUUUCAACUCUUUCAAAAAUGAAUUUACUCAGACAGGCAUAAUAAAACAUGCAUCAAUCAUUUGCCAAAUAAUUUAAAGGGUGCUGAAUAUGUUUACAGGACAUUACAUUCAUUAAGACAAGGUAAACUUAUGAAUAUAUUCCAUCUUUUCUUCUUAUCUAAUGGAAAGAGUAAACUAUUUACCUCAAUAUGAGGAGGGGGGUGGGGGAUUAUGAGAAU